AAAAAAAAUCUAUUUUUAUCUGAUCGAUUAGUAGCAAGACAUUGUAAGUUCAACCAAACAAAUCAGAAAUUAUAAAAGAUACACGAUGAGUUUUAGGCCUAAUCAGGGACACCUGUAUCAUGGCAAACAUUUAAGCAGACUUUUUACUACGCUUGAUGCUCAGGAAGGAAAGGAACAUGUGUGAACGGAGGCACGAGAAAGAACACCGAAAGAUAGAGACCCAAUUGCGAGAGACUCGAUGGAAAACGCCGAGACUUACAUCGGUGUUACGCCAGGAAAAUGAACGAGAACGUGUCAAGAUAGAACGUUUACAAAAUUGCCGUGUUAGUUUUAGUGCGUUCGCCGUCUGUCUUUUCGAAUACAAUGGAUAUAAUCUGGAAUUUAAUCAUACCUUGGAUCCAAGAAAAUGUGCGCUUAAUAAGAGGAACGUUUAUAAUGCUGCGUCGACGCUCACAUGCAACUGUUCCAAAAAUACAAUGAACGUGAUUCGAGCUCUCCAUCGGUUGUACAACCGCCGCGUUGAGCGGAAGUGGGAGGAACAGAAUACGACCGUCCUGGAUAUUCUGAGCCACGAGUCGACAGAAAAACUGGAAGAAGCCUUGUUUAUGUUGCGAGGAACACCUACAGGCAACUUCAUUGAGAACAUCUUGUGCGACAAAGUACUCGUAUCCAAACAAACGAUUGAAACCCAGCCGCCUAUCACCAAGAACUUAAAGAAACAAAAAGCUCUUGGCGAACCACAAGUCUCGAAAAAAGGUGACAGAAAAAAAUCAGAUUUUUUUAGUGGAUUUUUGCCAAGGAUCUCCUGUGCUAUGCAACCGGACAGAAGCUCGCAUGUGAACCGGGACUCCACGGGGACGGAACACCGCAUUGGCGGUAACAUUGCAAGUAACGUACUUGAAACACAACAGUUAUCCGUCCUCGAAAAGGCCUCAGUCACGCAACCUGUCGCAAUGAUAGCUAAAUGGACGGAAAUUUUUAAACCGCCACAAAUGUGGCGACAACAAAGCCGCAAAGCGGGGAAGGCCUUGGCCACCCACCAAUCGAGUAGCGUCAGUCACGUGACUUUGAGAUGCAAACGGCGGACAUCCAUGCUUAAACGUUGA